AAGCCGUUAAGUCGCAACUAGCAGCGCAAGCAAUGCGACUGGUAGGUAGUCCCGCUGCAGCAUCGUCGUUUAUCCUUUUUUAUAAUUGAAAAUAAGGAUAUGUAUAAGCUCGCUUCGUGAUCUACAAUUGAAUCUGUUGCAGAAUGUACAUGUUCAGUUUUUGAUGAUGGUUACAGUUGAUUGUCGUUUAAUUGUGGCUUAUGUAUAUUUUGCACUGUUUUGGAGAUGAAGGAAAAGAAGAAUACUGCGUCUACUCUCAAGCGCAUUUUAGUGAAUUGUGCAUCUCAGGGAAAAGCAUACGGGAGCUGUGUUGCAGCAAAGGUUCCAGACAUUGAACGUGAUAUGUGUGUGAAGGAAUUUCUGGUGCUAAAAAGUUGUAUGCAGAAUAUGCUCAAAAAGGUUUAAGUGAACACUCACUUGUUUCCUUGUUCUGGGGGCUGCUGAAAAAGUAAGCUAGAAAGGUUGAUGUUUAUGAAUAGAAGUUUCCAAUCAAAAGUCUUAAGAGGAAGGUGCUACAACUUUUUGCUGGCAAAGUUGUUAUUUCCAUUUGCCACUCAUAGUGUAAACGGGACUUAACAUGUCUGGAAAAGCAUCAACUUCAAAGCCUAGUAUAGGUCUGGGUGGAUCUGAUGGUCUUUCUCAUGCUUACAUUCAGUAUCCACCACUUCGGUGCAAUGUUCCUGGAUCAAGUGGAUUAUUUUAUGAUGAUGGAAAUAAGUUGCUACUCUCUCCAACAGCUGACCAGGUCUUCUCAUGGAAAGUUGGUCCCUUUGAUCCUCUCAUUGAUCCAGACACUGAUUCAAUAAGUGAAGGCCCUAUUAUAGCUAUUCGGUAUUCUUUAGACACAAAAGUUAUUGCAAUCCAACGAUCAAACCAUGAGGUACAGUUUUGGGAUAGAGAGACUGGGGGGACUUUUAUCCAUAAGUGCAGGCCAGAAUCAGAAACUAUACUUGGAUUUUUUUGGACAGAUUGUCAACAGUGUGAUUUUGUUCUUGUUAAGACCAGUGGUCUAGACUUGUUGGCAUAUAAUUCAGAGUCAAAAUCACUGCAACUGAUGCAAACGAAGAAACUGAAUGUGAGUUGGUUUGUUUACACCCAUGAAAGUCGCUUGGUUCUUCUUGCUUCUGGCAUGCAGUGCAAGACAUUCCAUGGAUUUCAGAUUUCAUCUGCAGAUAUUGUUCGCUUGCCAAGGUUUGAGAUGGUUAUGGCCAAAUCUGAGGCAAAUAGUAAGCCUGUUUUAGCAGCUGAAGACGUCUUUAUUGUCACUGUUUAUGGUAGGAUAUACUGCUUGCAAGUUGAUAGAGUUGCUAUGCUGCUCCAUUCUUAUAGGCUUUAUCGUGAUGCAGUGAUACAGCAGGGUUCUUUACCAAUUUAUUCCAACAGGAUUGCUGUGAGUGUGGUCGACAAUGUACUUCUUAUUCAUCAAGUUGAAGCAAAGGUUGUUAUACUUUAUGAUCUCUUUGUAGAUUCUCGAGCACCAAUAUCUGCACCACUUCCUUUAUUAUUAAGGGGUUUCCCCAGAUCCAGUACUUUAUCUCAAUCUAGUGGUAAAGAAAGUGAGAGUUCAGGUGGUAAUGUUUUGAGUAAUCAUGAAGCAGUUACAUAUGCCAAUACAUGGACUUUCCUAGUGCCUGACCUUGUAUGUGAUGUGGCCAAUAAGUUAUUGUGGAAGUUCAAUUUAGAUUUGGAGGCAAUUUCUGCUAGUAGCUCAGAGGUCCCAUCAGUAUUAGAGUUCCUGCAGCGGCGGAAGUUGGAAGCUAACAAGGCUAAACAAUUGUGCUUGGGUAUAACACGUACACUUAUUCUAGAGCAUAGGCCUGUGCCUGUGGUUGCCAAGGCUGUAAAUGUACUAGUCACCUCGUACUCUCAUUCAAUUAAAACUGGUAGCUAUCUUAAGGGACUGAAACCAGAGAAGACAUCAACUUCUGUUGUACAAAAUACUGGUGCUGAUGUAUCUGCUAUCGAAACAGAUGUAAUUGGAAAAUCGAUCUUACAUGAAUCUACUGAAAGAGUAGACAGUGGAUCUUAUAAUAAAGCUUCUACUGUUUCAAGUAUUGAUUCUGAGGAUGAGUCCCAGACUGCAAAUUUAAAACUAAAUUUGAAGGAAGCCCAAGUUGAGGGUAAAGUGAACAAUGAAAUCUCUCUGGGCACUGGAGCUCAUGGUGCGUAUGUUAUGCAGUCAUCUUUGCAAUCUGGGCAAGAGGAAUCCCAACUUGCUUCUGCAGCAAUUUCACCAGAUGAGAUUUACAGCUUUGUCUUUUCUCCUGUCGAUGAAGAGAUGGUUGGAGACCCUUCUUACUUGGUUGCUAUCAUUAUUGAGUUCCUUCACAGUGCAAAUUCAGAAAAGAUUCGUGUACUCCCAAAUGUAUAUGUAUUAAUAAUUCAACUUCUGGCCCGCAACGAACGUUAUGCAGAACUCGGGUUGUUUGUCUUAAACAAGAUUCUGGAGCCCUCUAAGGAAGUUGCACUGCAACUCCUAGAGUCUGGUCGUCAGGAUGCUCAAACUAGGAAGCUUGGUCUGGAUAUGUUAAGACAGCUGGGUUUGCAUCAUGAUUAUGUUUUACUGCUCGUACAGGAUGGAUACUACCUUGAAGCCUUACGAUAUGCACGGAAAUACAAGAAUUACUUUCAGGUGGAUACCAUCCGGUCAUCAUUGUUCUUGGAAGCAGCAUUUGUGUCCAAUGACUCCCAACAUCUUGCUGCGGUUUUAAGAUUCUUUACAGAUUUCCUUCCUGGCUUCAAAAACACCUCAGAGCAUAAUAGAUACUGCCGCAUACUGAAUGAAAUGAACUCAUCCAUGACUGUUUGAGAAGACAAAAAAAAAAAAAAAAAAAGGAAAAUUGA